UUUCAGGCAUUAACUACUGGAAGCAUUCCUGGGUUCCUGGAUGUAAUCCUGAAUUUUGGAUCUGAUUCUUUACAAGAAGAUAAUAUUAUAACUCAGAUGAAGACUGCAGGGAAGAAAAUAAUAUUUUAUGGUGAUGAUACUUGGGUUAGAUUGUUUCCACAACACUUUCAUAGAGAAGAAGGAACCACUUCAUUUUUUGUUUCUGACUAUACUGAGGUAGAUGAUAAUGUUACUCGUCAUUUAGAGAAAGAGUUAGACAUCCUAGACUGGGAUAUGAUGAUUUUACAUUAUUUAGGAUUAGAUCAUAUUGGUCACAUGUCUGGUCCAAAAAGUCCGUUAAUUCAACCUAAAUUACACGAAAUGGAUCAAAUAAUUGAGAAAAUAUAUAAAGGUCUGAGUAAAAUGGUAAGAAAAUGCUUAAUUUUUUUUGUAAUAGUGAUCUGUGGUGAUCAUGGUAUGAGCGAUCAAGGUGGACAUGGUGGGGCAUCACUAUCAGAAAUUACUGUACCUGUUAUAUUUCUAUACCCUUCACAAUACUCCAGAAUCCACUUUCAACAGGAAUCUGAUAUACUACAAAUAGAUCUGGCGCCAACAUUAGCUGCAUUGACUAAUAUUCCAAUACCAGUUAACAACCUAGGAACUGUUAUACUGGAGUCAUUAUAUCAAUACAACCCUGUGCAGUCUCUCAAUAUACUGUAUCAUAAUACUCUACAGAUAGCUGAUUUGUUAAAGUUCAAUAGCCAAGAUUAU